UACUUUUAGCCACGCCUUUUUGUGAAAAUGAAGUUUGGAAGAGCUCUUGCAAGUUUCUCAUGCUUUGGAGGUUUUAUAUCUGUGCUGGUAGGCAUCUACUAUUAUUACAAUGGUCACCAGUUAGAAUUAAGCACAAGAUCCAAGAAUAAUGGCUCUAGGUAUUCAUUUAUCAAAUUGCAGUGGAAAAUAGAUCCAGAGAACCCCCACCACAUGACAGAAUACUUAGCUACUCUUGAAUAUCCAGUAGUCAUAACUGGUCCCUCUCCUUUCUCAUCUCACAAAGCAAUGGAGUGGUCAUUUGAUGGCCUAGCUAAAGAUUUGCACAAGAUUCUCUCGUGCAAGUACAGUCACCAGCCAGUCUUCACUUAUCAUGCUCCUCGUCAACCUCUCAACAAUGUCCCAGAGUUCUCUCUCAAGGAGCCUUACCAAGUCGUUGGUAUUUCACCAAUGGAGUUCUUCCGGUCAAUAAAAACUUCAAAAUCCGAUAAUUUCUUUUAUGCUAGUGGAGGAAUUGAAUUAUUAGAUCUUCCGUUAUCGUUUGAAGAUCUUUCUAAUAUCACUUUUCCGCCUCACAAAAGUCCCAGUCAAGUUAAUUACUGGUUUGGCGGCAGUCGUGUGACUGCAUAUACACACUAUGACACUUCACAUAAUCUUCAUGUUGUUAUUCGUGGACAUAAGAGGUUUCUAUUGUCUCCGCCCAAGUAUCACUCUCGUCUUUAUCCUUGUCUCCAUUCACUCUAUAGGCAAUUGCAGGUUGAUAUAGAAGAGCCUCAGAUUACACUUGAUGUCUAUCCUGGAGAAGUGCUCUACUUACCUCCAUAUUGGUUCCACAGUGUUAUCACAAUGGAGCCCAGUCUGUCAUUAAAUAUAUGGAGCGAUUCCAAUGAUUACUUACUAAUGGAAGAAGUUCUUAACUCUCCUAUCCCUUUUGAAACUGAUUGGGGGCUGGAAGAGCUUAUGAGAUCUUCAAAAUACUAUAUUGACGUAUUAAUAAAAGAACUAAAGCUAUCGCCAUCAUUUGUGAGAACUAGUGUACUAUCAAGGUACCAGUCACUACUGUUGAAUAUCUCAUCUUUUGAUAACUACGGGCUCAUUGUGAAGACUUAUUGUCAACCAUCUUCAUUCACUCACGCCAUUCAUGACAGAGUUUCAAAAACUUCUUCGAUAUUUCUUAAAAUGUUGUCACCUAAUGUGAUGCAAAUCAACGUCGCCAACUACAUUGAGCACAUUGGGUUUACUAUUCUGAGGGAAGAACAUGUCAUUCAAUUACCUUUCUUUCUUAAAGAAUGCUUUUAAUCAAUAGUAUUACACAAUUAUUUUUAUUAUUAUAUAAUACAUGCAUAAUAAAAUUUUCCUAUUAAAAUGU